UGUUCCAUAAAACUAGACAUACAUACAUACAUACACUCUUUACUCAAGACGCAAUUUCAAAUUAAUCUUCUCAAGUUGAGCGGCGACGUGAACCCGAAUCCUGGUCCGACUUGCUCUAAACAGCACAAUUCUACAGGACAGCAAAAGCCCACUCGUCUUCUAACGUUUUAUGCUAAUGCACGAAGCAUCGUCAACAAAACAAGCAAACUAGAAUUAGACGUCGCCGCUUCGCGCCACGAUAUCAUCGUUCUGACUGAAACUCAUCUGGACAGCUCAAUUUCUGAUGGGGAAAUCUUCCCUAAUAAUUACACGAUUUUUAGACGAGACAGAAGGCUCAAUGGGCGUAAAGGCGGUGGGAUAUUGAUCGUCAUGCGGGACAAUAUCAAAGCAAUUCCUAAUGACACUUCACAGUACGACUCAGAAUUUAUCUUCGUCGAUGUUUUAUUCUCUCACAACCGUAAAGUUACAUUGGGUGUCUUUUAUCGACCACCCAACAACGAGAUUAAGCCCAUAGAAGACCUGCAGGCUUUUUUACAAGAGCUCUCGACGAACGAAUUGAUUCUUCUUGGUGAUUUCAAUCUUCCGGAGAUUGAUUGGUCGAACAACAGAGUUUUACGGCAAUCCGAUGUCUACAUACUUCUGAUGGACGUUGUUCAAGAUAAUUUCCUGACUCAACUAACAAAUGAACCUACACGCUCUAAGAGCGUUUACUCGGGCUUCCUACCGCAAUAUCAAAUCGUACUUUACAUGUAAGCUUAUUGAAAACAAUAAAUGCAAAUAAAAGAAUCAGGAAAUUUUAACGCAAGAGUCAAAAGGCCCGUUCCAAACGCCGCUUCAUUCACGCGCCGAACCUAAUUGAUGAGUGAAGUACGGCAGAAGAGCGGCGUUUGAAUUGGUUUGGUUCGGCAGGUUAGGUUUGGUGC